AUGACCAUCGCUCGCUCGCGUGGUGUUGGGCCGCUGGACCAACGACGUUUCAUGGAUGUUUUCCGGGAGGUAGACAUGAAAGCCCCUCUAAUGUCCGCCUAUGGCCUGGACGGGUUGGACAAGCUGCCGGGUUUCCUGAAGUACGCUCUGCUCAGUCACUUGCAGUAUGAUGGAGCGCCCUUGGCAUUGCUUGCCGAGUGGUUUCGCAUCUUGGGAUUCCAGGUGGAUCUUGUGAGUGCCGCAGACAUCAAAGAAGACACAUUCCGAGCUGAUGUGGCGGCAGCUUUUGAACGAAGUCCAGCAGCUACCAGUAGGCAGUACCUUCUCGUGAACUAUUCCCGCUCCGUGGUCGGUCAACGAAUGUUCAGUGGAGGGCACUACGCGCCGAUCGGAGGCUUCAAUGAAGAAGAGGACAAGGUGUUGCUGCUGGAAGUGAAUUCUUGGCGCUAUCCUUCUGUGUGGGUUGAUCUUCCGCGCCUGUGGCUUGCGACUCACACGCAAGUCGCCAACGGUAACUGGCGAGGGUACCUUCGCAUCCAGACGCUUGCGUGA